AUGACCAAAUUCCGCGAAGUAUUAGAGAAUUGUCAUCUAGGGGACUUGGGUUUUUCUAGUUCCUGUUUCACGUGGAGUAAUAGAAGAUUGGGCAAUUCCUUUACUAAGGAAAGGCUUGACCGAGCUAUGUCCAACCCAGAAUGGUGUUCACUCUUCCCUAAAGUUUCGGUCUUAGUUCUUGCUAUCAGAACUUCAGACCACAGUCCUUUGGCUAUCUCUUUUAAGGAGGAUGUUUAUGAGAGAAUGUAUCAUAGGAGGGGUUUCAAAUUUGAGGCUUGGUGGGCUAAAGAUGUGGAAUGCCCGAAUAUCAUAAAAUCGGCCUGGGAUGAGGACAUUUUGAUUAAUGCUUCUAUUUCAAAUGUUCAGGAUCGCCUCUCGGCCUGGUCAGACCGUGUGGAGGAAUGUAUUAGAUUUGUCACUCCUCGGGUUUCAGAAGAUAUGAAAAAUUGGCUUCUACAACAGUUUACUGAGGAUGAAGUGAGGAGGGCUCUUUUUCAAAUGCAUCCUCUCAAAUUCCCGAGGCCAUAUGGCUUUCCAGCAGUCUUUUAUCAGAAGAAUUGA